AUGAUGAUGGACCUUUUCGAAACCGGCUCCUAUUUCUUCUACUUGGACGGGGAGAAUGGGGCCCUGCAGCAGCUGGAAAUGGCAGAGGGCUCCCCGCUGUACCCGGGCAGCGACGGCACCCUGUCCCCGUGUCAGGACCAACUGCCGCCGGAGGCCGGCAGCGACAGCAGCGGCGAGGAGCACGUGCUGGCCCCGCCGGGCCUGCACGCCCCGCACUGCCCCGGCCAGUGCCUCAUCUGGGCCUGCAAAACCUGCAAGAGAAAGUCGGCCACCGACCGGCGGAAAGCGGCCACACUGCGGGAGCGGAGGAGGCUGAAGAAGAUCAACGAAGCCUUCGAGGCUCUGAAAAGGAGGACUGUGGCCAACCCCAACCAGGCAGGGGGCUCCAUGGUGGAGUCGUCGGCUUCCAGCAGCCUGCGCUGCCUCUCCUCCAUCGUGGACAGCAUCUCCUCCGACGAGCCCAAGCUGCCCGGCGCGGAGGAGGUGGUGGAGAAAUGA